CGCUCCAGCGACUAUCUCCAACAACACAUAGUGACCAGUAUCUAUGGCAGGGACUUAGGCUAUAACCUACACGAUAUAAUAUUCAAUCUAAUCUGUCUUGAUAAAAAUCAACGGCGACGCACGACUUUAGCAGAAAUGUACCUGUGUCAUUUGUUCACCAGUUCCAAGACUGCUAUCACAUCAGCCUCCCCCGCUCCCUUCUCUUGCAUAUUGCACGGUAGCCUGUCCAUUAUGCCACGUCCUCUUUAUUCUGGCAACCGACUGGGCUAUUCGAGGUGAUUUCCUACAACAAUUUCUCAU